GGAAGUACAUCCUCACAUUGUUUCCAGAAUGAACAGGCGAUUGCUAAUUCACUUAUUUACAUGUAUGGUCGAUGUGGGAGUCUCAGUAUUUCAGUUGGUGCCUUUAUUAUUGGGAUUAUGGAUAAGGAUGCAAUAUCUUGGGCUUCUAUGAUGCAGGUAUAUGCAUGGAGUGGACUUGCAACAGAAGUUGUUAAGCUUUUUGAGAUGAUGAAGAAAACAAAAGUACAACCCAACCACUACACUUUAAUUGCUGUGUUGACUACCUAUAAAAACAUAUGCCUUGUUGAGGAGGGAACAGGCCUACUUAAGUGCAUAAAAGAGCAGUAUGGUCUGGAGCCAGUUAUAGAGCACGUUUCAUGUGCUGUUGAUAUGCUUUGUCGUACUGGACGCUUGAGUGAUGCAUAUCACCUGAUCCAGAGUUCCCACUCUAAACAUGCAAGAAACCCUAUAUUGUGGGGGACAUUACUAAGUGGUUCACGUUACUGGGGGAAUUUGGUGAUUGGUGAAGCAGCAGCUAGGCAUAUCUUGUCCUUGGAUCCAGGAAGCAACGCUAACUAUAAGAUGCUGGCUGAUGUUUAUGUUUCAAUUGGGAGAAGGGACAAAGCUGACAAUGUCCUGAGAAUGUCGUUGUCAAAAAGAACUGGACUUGAAACCAGGAUUGUAGCUGGACUGAAGGUGGCUAAAGAUUGCAAUACAUGCUAG